AUGGCCGACUCUGCGCCCCAGCAGGAUGCCGUUGACGGCAUUCACCACAACCCGGAUCCGGCCCUGGAGCCCGCGCACCAGCAUCAGCACCACCACAAGCACCACUCGUCCCGUGUCGAUGCCGCUGGCCACGACGAUGUCGUCUACACCAAUGGUACCAACCUGGACCCGGACCUGGUGCCAGUGCAGGACCACACCCACGACGAGAAGCACCACAUCCCCUCGCCCGAGUACAGCGACCACGAAAAGAUUGGCCAGACGGACAUUGUGCGCACCGGCAUCGACUCGGACGAGGCCGACUCGCAGCGCCGCUGGCGCUUUGGCAUCGCCUACCGCCACUACCGCGCCUUUGUCCACAUCUUCAUCUUCCUGCUCUUCACCGGCUGGUGGAUUGCGUCGCUGAUUCUGCAUCGCCACGACAAGAACUGGGUCAUUCCCUUCCUCCUGUGGCUGGCCAUCUCCAUCCGCCUCUUCUUCUUCCACGUGCCCAUCCGCUACGUCUCCAACGCCAUCAAGUGGGUGUGGCAGCGCACCGCCCUCGUCGUCUAUGCCCGCAUCCCCCCCAAGGCACGCACCCCUGCUGGUGCCGCCGUGGCCCUCGCGACUGUCCUGGUUGGCUCCUUCGUCUCUGAGGAGAGCGCUGACAACACACGCGAGAACCGAGCCGUCAGCUUGUUCGGCAUGCUCGUCAUCCUCUUUGGCUUCUGGAUCACCAGCAACAGCCGCAAGCACGUCAACUGGCGCACCGUCAUUGGUGGCAUGUUGGGCCAAUACAUCAUCGGUCUCUUUGUCCUGCGAACUGGCGUUGGUUACGACAUCUUCAAGUUCAUUGCGGACCGCGCUGGCGACCUGCUUGGCUUUGCUCACGAUGGUGUUGCCUUCCUGACCACCGAAGACGUGGCCGCGCUCCCCUGGUUCUUCUUCGGCGUUAUCCCUGCCAUCAUCUUCUUCAUCUCCCUUGUGCAGGUCCUGUACUUCAUUGGCUUCAUCCAGUGGUUCAUCAAGAAGGUGGCCAUCUUCGUCUUCUGGGCUCUCAACGCCUCUGGUGCCGAGGCCGUCGUCGCUGCCGCCACGCCCUUCAUCGGCCAGGGCGAGUCUGCUAUGCUGGUCCGUCCCUUCGUUCCCCACAUGACCAAUGCCGAGCUUCACCAGGUCCUGACCUGCGGUUUCGCCACCAUCUCGGGUUCCGUCCUUGUCGGCUACAUUGGUCUCGGUCUCAAUGCCGAGGCUCUCGUGUCGUCUUGCAUCAUGUCCAUCCCCGCUUCGCUGGCCAUCUCCAAGCUUCGGUACCCCGAGACUGAGGAGACGCUCACCGCCGGCCGAGUCGUCAUCCCCGACGACGACGAGCACAAGGCUGAAAACGCCCUGCACGCCUUCGCCAACGGUGCCUGGCUCGGCAUCAAGAUUGGUGGCACCAUCAUCGCCUCGCUGCUCUGCAUUCUCGGUGCUGUCGGUCUCAUCAACGGCCUCCUCACCUGGUGGGGCCACUACAUCAACAUCAACCACCCUACCCUGACUCUCCAGACCAUCCUGUCGUACGUCUUCUACCCGGUCGCCUUCUUGCUCGGUGUUCCUCGCGACGGCGAUCUCCUCCGGGUUGCCAAGCUCAUUGCCGAGAAGGUCAUCACCAACGAGUACAAUGCCUUCAAUGCCAUGGCCACCGACCCCUACUACGAGGACAUGUCUCCGCGCUCCCAGCUCAUUGCCACCUACGCCCUUUGCGGUUUCGGCAACAUUGGCUCCCUGGGUAUCCAGAUCGGUAUCCUCAGCCAGCUGGCCCCUUCGCGUGGCGGUGACGUCUCUCGACUUGCUCUGUCUGCGCUCAUUUCGGGCGUUUUCUCGACGCUGACCUCGGCCUCCGUCGCCGGUCUGGUCGUCACCACCCAGCUCUCACACUUCACCCGACCUCCUGCGUCUGGUUAA